CCAUAAGAUAUACAUAACUAAAUCAUGUCCAUAUUCCAUCUUCACAUACAGCAAAAAAUUCAAGAAAUAAUGCAAUUCCAUCCCUUCACAUUAAUAAUCCAAGCUCUCCUAUCUUUAUUCUUGAUCUCUUACAUCACAAAAUGGCUGUACAAAAAAACUUAUGGCAACAAAAAGCAUUUGCCUCCGUCACCGCCGAAGCUACCGAUACUCGGAAAUCUCCACCAGCUCGGCUUAUUACCUCACCGCAAUCUCCAAUCCUUAGCGAAAAAAUACGGACCGAUCAUGCUUCUCCACUUCGGCAAUAAACCUACGCUUAUCGUCUCGUCGGCCGAUUCAGCCCGAGAGAUAAUGAAAACGCAUGACGUCAUCUUUUCCGAUCGGCUUGAAUCGAGUGUGAAUAAACGGUUACUAUACGAUUGUAAAGACGUAUCGGUUGCACCGUACGGCGAAUACUGGAGGCAGUUGAAGAGUAUAUGUGUUCUUCAACUGCUCAGUAACAAAAGGGUUCAAUCUUUCCACUCCGUUAGGGAAGAAGAAACAGCCCUUUUGAUGAAAAGGAUAAGAGAAUCUUCGUCUCGUUCGAAUCCGGUGGAUUUGAGCCAGAUGUUUACCGAGUUUACGAAUGAUGUGGUUUGUCGAUCAGCUUUUGGGAAAAAGUAUAGUGAAGGGGAGAAUGGCAAGAAGUAUCUUUGGCUGUUGAAAGAGUUCGUGGAGCUUGUCGGGAAAAUUAAUAUCGGAGAUUUCGUUCCGAUGCUUUCGUGGAUUAAUCGGGUUAACGGGUUUGAUUCGAGAGUCGAUAAGGUUGCGAGGGAAAUGGAUGAGUUCUUCGAGGGAGUGAUUUGCGAGCGCAUCGAAAAUCCGAAGAAAUUACUGCAUGGUGAUCGUGAGGAAAAACAUGGAGAGAAUUUUCUUGAUAUUUUGCUCGAAAUUUACCGGGACAACGGUACCGGUGUAUCUAUCGACAGGGACAGCGUCAAAGCAAUUAUUCUUGAUGUAUUUGCAGCUGGAACCGACACUACAUCAACGGUUCUAGAAUGGGCAAUGACGCAACUCUUACGACACCCUCAAAUCAUGCAAAAAUUACAACACGAAGUACGACAAGUGGUUAAAGACAAAAACGACACAAUAACCGAGAACGACCUGGAAAAGAUGCCUUAUCUAAAAGCUGUAAUAAAAGAAACUCUCCGCCUCCACACACCGAUCCCACUGCUAGUACCUCGGGUAGCACGAAAAGACGUAAAAGUUAUGGGGUACGAUAUUUCAGCCGGAACAAUGGUGAUUGUUAAUGGUUGGGCAAUUGGCCGGGACCCUGCCAGCUGGAAUGAGCCGGAGAAGUUUGAUCCCGACAGGUUUUUGGAUUCCAGGGUGGAUUAUCAGGGCCUGGAUUUUGAGCUUAUCCCGUUUGGAGCCGGAAGAAGGGGCUGCCCUGGAAUUUCGUACGCUAUUGUUACUGACGAGUUCUUGUUGGCGAAUCUUGUCAGGGAAUUCGACUGGAAAUUGCCUGAUGAUGUGGAAGAUUUAGACAUGGGCGAACUUCCCGGGCUCGCGAUUCAUAGAGCUGUUCCUCUUCUUGCACUUGCCAGUCAGUAUGUUUAUUAAGUUCAUGCAACUUAUAUAUUAUAUAUUGGGAAAAUUACAGUUUUCGUCUCUCAAAUUUCCACCGAUUUCACAUUUGGUCCCCUAUGUUCACAAAAUACACACUUGGUCCCUCAUGUUUCAAUAAUAUAACGCUUUUGGUCAUUUCCGCCAAUUUACGAUGGGCAUACGAUGGAUUCCAUUAGUUUUAAUGGGAAUUUGACGGAAUUGACUAAAAGUGUUGAAUUUUUGAUACAUGAGGCACCAAGUGUUGUUUUUGUGAACAUGAUGGACUAAAUAUGAAAUUGAUGCUAACGUGAGGGACGAAAACUGUAUUUUUCCCGUUAUAUAUUAUAUAUGAUAGAAAUGUGAAGAACUUUGUGCAUUGAAAUAUAAAUUUAAAAAGUAUGUAGGAGUUGUGAAAUAUUGUUGAGCAGAUGUAUCUUUGUUCUAAAAUGGGACGAACAAAAUCCUAUAUAUUAUUGUGCUACACUUGAUGUUUGCAACUAAGUGUUUUAUUUCAACUCCA